ACAAAAUGCAAAUGUUUGUAAAUACUGUGAGCAGAAAAAACAAGAAAAAUUAAAUAAAAACUUGCAGAUCAUUGCAAACCAAGUUUAAUAUAUUAUACUGUAAUUUUUAAGUUUAACAAAGUGUUCAUAAACGAUAAUAAUAUCCGAGUAUUAAACUGUAAACUUUUAAAUCCGGCACGUUUGAAUAUUUUAUUAUUAAAUUAUUAUCAUCGUCGUCUGUGUCUUUUUAAGUUAAUAAAUUAACUCGAAAACAUCUUUAAGUUCAUGUUUAGCAGUCCUAAUAGAAAUAUUACGCAAUCAUGUUUAUUUAUAUGAGUAAGAAGAUAGCUAUACCAAAACAAUCAAACGUAACAUGCUUGGCGUGGAAUCACUCUUCAGGUUAUAUCGCUGUAGGUGGAGAAGAUGGGAUGCUAAAAGUUUUGAAACUAGAGUCAGGUGGAAGUGGUAAUCUUUCAAUGAAUCUUAGUUUGGAAGGCCACACAGGGCAAGUUUGUGUGGCGAUAUGGAAUGAAGUUUUUCAAAAAUUAACUACCAGUGAUGAACAUGGAGUCAUUAUUGUUUGGAUGCUGUAUAAGGGUUCCUGGUACGAAGAGAUGAUAAACAACAGGAAUAAAUCAACAGUUACCAGUAUGGCAUGGGGAUCUGAUGGUCAAAAAAUUUGUAUAGCUUAUGAGGAUGGUGCGGUUAUAGUAGGCUCGGUGGAUGGCUCUCGCGUGUGGGGCAAAGAUAUCAAAGGUCCAGGGUUAAGAGCCGUUCAGUGGUCUCCAGACAACUCGCUACUACUAUUCGCCCUUUCUAAUGGAGAACUACAUCUAUAUGACGAUCAGGGAAAUUUCACGAUGCCAGUAGCUAGCAACGGAGUACCAGAAGCCAUGGAAGUUGUUUGCAUGGAUUGGUUUCCGGGUAGAGCACCCGCUAACCGGCCCGUUUUGGUCAUAUGUUACAAGAACGGACUCCUGCUCUUAAUGAAAACCUGUAUAGAAGAAGAGAGUGUAGUAGUGAACACAAAUAUGACGAUGGUGGACUGUCACUGGAACCACAACGGCUCGAUACUGGCAGCGGCGGGCCGCACGGAGGAGCAGGCCAAUGUGGUGCAGUUCUUCACUGGCUUUGGAGAGCACCUGCGUACGCUGCGCGUGCCGGGCGGGCGGCUGCGCGCGCUGUCGUGGGAGCAGCGCGCGCUGCGGCUGGCGGUGGCCGUGGACUCGUUUAUCUACUUCGCGAACGUGAAGCCCGACCACAAGUACGCCUUCUACGGCAACACGCUGGCUUUCGUCUCCAGCACCGACACUGUCACGUUUUGGGAUACAAUCACACACCAGUCAUGGAUAAACCACAUUCCUGAUGUCGUAGACAUGUGCGGCGUCGACGAAUAUUGUAUUAUUGCGACUAUGUCAACACUGAUUGUAUCAAACCAACAAGGAAUUCAAUGUGAUGCCAAACCGAUCACAAUAUCCGUGGCCUACGUAACUAUUAACAGUAAAGCUAUAGCAGUAGCAGCGUCUAAGGAAGUUUUUAUAAUUUGGAGAUUUUCCACGCCUUCUAGACAACGUGUUAUGGAGCAACAAUACUUUUCCGAUGGAACUCCGUUUACAUCGGGAGAAGGAGGAUUCCGUGACGACACGAUUUGCUGCAUCACUUGUUCCGAUAGUCACUUGUUAAUUGGUAGAGACUCCGGUACAAUACUGCUGUUUUCAUUGCUAAACUUCAAGAAAAUAACGUCUAUAAACAUGAACACAAGACCCUAUAAAAUGGGAAUCAAUUCGAACUCAAGCAAGUUUUUCGUGAUCGACCAAGGCGGGUCGCUGUAUAUCCUGGAGACCGAGAUGGCACACAACGUUAGCGUGGGACAGGCGCUGAGGAAAGAGGUGUGGGGCGCGCGCUGGGCUCGCGACAACGCCUCGCUGCUGGCGGCGGCGGAGAAGGCGCGCCUUUACGUGCUGCGCGAUGCAGAGCCGGAGGAGCCGCUGCCGCUGCAGGGCUACCUCUGCUGCUUCAAGGACCUGGAAAUCACGACGGCACUUCUAGACAGCAUAACGGACAAGUGUUCUCCGCAGCAUAUAGUACGAGUCGAAGUCAAGUCCCUAAGGGACACGCGACAACUCCUGGAAAAGGUUGGAUUGAAGGAAGCUGAGAGUUUCAUAAAAGAUAAUCCACACCCAAAAUUAUGGUUGUUAUUAGCGGAGGCUGCUUUGAAAAGUUUCGAGUCCCCAUCAGCCGUGGAGACGGCGGAGGCCGCGUUCGUGCGGCGCGGCGAUUACGCGGGCGUGCGCUUCGUGGCGCGCCUCAACGCGCUGCACUCCGAUAAGCUCAAAAAGGCAGAAGUGCUGGCUUACUUCAAGGACUUCGACGCGGCCGAGCAGAUAUAUCACAACGAGGACAGACGGGAUCUUGCGAUAGCCCUACGUAAGCGGCUGGGCCACUGGUUCCGAGUGGUGGAGCUGCUAAAGACGGCGGUGUCCACCACGGAGGCGCAGGUCAAACAGGCGUACAGCAAUAUAGGCGACUAUUACAUCGAUAGGCAGAAUUGGGCCGGCGCACUUGAGUACUACACUAUGUCGAAUAAUACAGACGGACUAAAAAAAUGCUACAUGGCUUUAGAAGACAACGAAUCACUAGCCAAGCUGAUCGCUGCACCAGCAAAACCUUCCAAGGAGCUGAUGGCAGCAAAACAAAUCUCUGAAGAGGGAACCGACAGUCUUCAAGCGCCCUCCAUUCAUGCGAUAACUCAAUUAAGAGAUAGCGGGCGGACGCUGCAAGCUGCGGCGAUGGCUUUUCAGUUGGCAAACUUGGAAGCAUCCAAAGCAUCCUCACCAUGGCGAAUUAAGAAACUGUACAUCCUUGCUGGGCACUUGUAUACUCAAAAUUCUACUGAGGGAACAUCGGGCAAGUCGGCGGCUCGCUGCUGGCGGCUGGCGCACGCCGCGCACUGGCUGUGCUGCGCGACGACCCGCGCGCGCGCGCCGCAAGCCCGCGCCGACGCCGCGCUGCGCCUCGCCGCGCGCCUCGCCAGCGAACACGAGCACUUCCACCGAGCGCAGCACGUGCAGGUGUGGUGUACCGUCGCAGCUCUCUCCUUGCAAGGCAGAGCUUUCGAUCUCUGUUCAAAAGCGCUGAUUAAGUUAGAAGCUGUUGAUCCACAUACCUUCGAAAACAUUGCGAUUGAAAUCUUUACAAGAUGUAAAGUGAAAGAUGCUAAGGGAAACAAAAUCGAGUGCCCUCAAUGUCAAAUAAAAAUACCAGAUUGGGCGGCCGGGUGCGCGGGCUGCGGCGCGCAGUUCCCGGGCUGCAGCGUGUCGGGGCGGCCGCUGCCCGCGCCGCGCGACGCGUGGGUAUGCCGCAACUGCGACGCGCACGCGCAGCGCCACGAGCUGGUGCUGCGCCACUCGUGCCCCAUGUGCCACGCGCCGCUGGCGGCCUAGACCCCACACCACCAUGACCAACUCACGCCGGCUCACUACUGAGCACUGCUCUCCUCUCAGAAUGAGAAGGGUUUGGCCAUAGUCUACCACGCUGGCCAAAUGCGGAUUGGCAGCUUUCACACACGUUGAGAAGGUUUUGGAGAACUCUCUGGCAAGUAGGUUUCCUAACGAUGUUUUCCUUCACAAUUAAAACAACUGAUACUUAUUGCUUCAAAGUUCAAACGCACAUAACUUCGAAGUUAGAAGUGCGUGCCCGGAUCGAACCCCGGAUUCCCCGAAUAGGAGGGCGACGUUUUAACUACUAGGCAAUAAGACAAAGCGCUUUUGUUCCUCCUAAGGCUAGGCACGCACUGGUUGUUAAAUAGCCACCUCAAUUCUUCAUACGGCAACAUAUAUGAAUGUGCGCACAAACUUAAUGUUUUGUAUGAUAAAUCGAGGCGGCUAUUUGAUCAGCCGGAUAUUUACCGCUCGUGCGCGCCUAGCCUAAUCUGAUAUAGGUAAUAAUACUCGCAAAACAAAUAGUCCAACCUGAUCAUGAGACUGCACAUUACAAAACAGAUCUCAGACGGGCUUGUAUAAUCCUUAGUCUAUAUGACCUGCAUAAACCUGCAGGUCAUAUAGACUAAGGAUUAUGCAUAAUAUUGCUACUUCAGAUUGGAAUGCUAGUUUUACCAGCACUAUUUAUGAAACGGUAGGGUGCAGGAGGGUGACGUUUGAAGGGAAAAAUUCAUUAGACUAAGAAUGACCCCCGCUUUUACAAUGGUGAUGUAUAUUCUGCAUUGGACACGAAGAAGGACAUGAUUGUUUUAAUGAUAAUUAAUAAAACAAUUUUUUUUCUAAAUAAUUAUUUAUUUAAUUUAACAGAUUUUCUUUAACAAUGUUUUGGAAAUAAUCAUUAUCUGACUAGAUAAUUUUGUAUUAUUAGUAAUCAAUGAAAAUUGUUUUCUUUUUUACAAUUGGUUUGAACAGUAAUAGUGGCAAAUAAAGACAGAUGUUGAUAUUAUAAUACGUAACUAUGUAUUUGGUACAAUGCUGUUUUUGGACUAUGCAAUGUAAAAUAACUAUGUAUAUUAUUAAUAAAGAGAAUAAGUAUUGCAUUAUUUACAAAGGUUUUUCUGUAUACUCUGAGUCACAUACACAAAUAUAGAUUUUGUUAUUACUGUUAAGUUUAUCAAAAAUUUAUGGAACAUCUGUUU